CACAAACAUCAUUCAGCGUUUUGGUUUCGUGUAGUGCUAUUGUAUUUGACGAUAACUUUAAAUAGUUAUUUACUAUGCCGCCUAAAGCUAGUGGUAAAGCUGUUAAAAAAGCUGGUAAAGCUCAGAAGAAUAUCAGUAAAUCUGAUAAAAAGAAGAAGCGUAAGAGGAAGGAAAGUUACGCUAUUUACAUCUAUAAAGUACUCAAGCAAGUACAUCCGGAUACUGGAAUCUCCAGUAAAGCUAUGAGCAUUAUGAACAGUUUCGUCAACGAUGUUUUUGAACGAAUUGCCGCGGAAGCAUCGAGAUUAGCUCAUUAUAACAAACGUUCGACGAUUACUUCUCGGGAAAUUCAAACUGCAGUGCGUUUGUUGCUACCUGGUGAACUUGCAAAACACGCUGUUAGUGAAGGUACCAAAGCUGUGACUAAAUACACUAGCUCCAAAUAAAUGAUUAAUAUGGUGGAAUUUAUAAACCGGCCCUUUUUAGG